CAUUCUGUGGGAGGCGGGCUGUCCUAUGGCUGCGGUCAACAUCUGGAAGAAGUUACUCACGCUGUUGCUUACCUUGGAAAGUAUACCGGAGUACAACUGCAAUUUCAAAAUGUCUUUUGUAAAAAUUGACGAAAAGUCCGACUUCUCCUAUCACAAUUUACCAUAUGGCGUGUUCUCGACACCGGAAAAUCCCAGGCACCGGAUUGGGGUUGCGAUUGGAGAUCAGAUUUUGGAUUUGAGCGUUAUAAAAUCACUCUUCAGAGGCCCUGUGCUCUCCAAUCACCAGGAUGUGUUUGACCAGCCGACCCUGAAUGCGUUCAUGGGUCUGGGGUACGAGGCAUGGAGGGAGGCCAGGAGGAGUCUACAGCAGCUGCUGUCUGCCAACGAGACCACGCUCAGAGACGACGUCAGCCUCAGGAGCAGAGCGUUCUUCCAUAAGAGUUCAGCCAUCAUGCAUCUGCCUGCUGAGAUAGGUGACUACACUGACUUCUACUCAUCCAGGGACCAUGCCACCAAUGUUGGCAUUAUGUUCCGAGGGAAGGAGAAUGCCCUGAUGCCCAACUGGUUGAGGCUGCCCGUGGGGUAUCAUGGCAGGGCCUCUUCCAUAGUGGUGUCUGGGACCCCCAUACGCAGACCCUCUGGACAGAUGAGACCCGACCAAUCUAAGCCUCCUGUGUUUGGCCAGUCCAAGCAGCUGGACAUUGAGCUGGAGAUGGCAUUCUUUGUAGGUGGAGGUAAUCGUCUUGGUGAGCCCAUUCCCAUAGAGAGAGCCCACCAACACAUCUUUGGCAUGGUGCUAAUGAAUGACUGGAGUGCCAGGGAUAUCCAGGCGUGGGAGUACGUUCCUCUGGGUCCGUUUCUGGGGAAGAACUUUGGGACAACCAUCUCACCCUGGGUGGUUCCUAUGGAGGCCCUGCUGCCCUUCGCUGAGCCCAACACUGUCCAGGAUCCAAAGCCCCUCCCUUAUCUAUGCCAUGACGAUGCCUUCACCUUCAACAUUAACUUAUUUGUGUCAGUGAAAGGAGAGGCAAUGAAGGAAGCAGCCACUAUAUGCAAGUCCAACUUCAAGUAUAUGUACUGGACUAUGAAGCAACAGUUAGCUCAUCACACAGUCAACGGCUGUAACGUCAGACCUGGAGACCUGCUGGCCUCAGGAACCAUCAGUGGACCGGAUCCAGACAGUUUUGGUUCUAUGUUGGAGUUGUCGUGGAAGGGUUCUAAGACCGUGGACCUGGGAGGAGGAGAGACAAGAACCUUCCUAAAAGAUGGAGACGAGGUCACUCUUACAGGUUACUGUGAGGGGAGUGGGUAUAGGGUGGGUUUCGGACCGUGUGCGGGGACCAUUCUACCAGCCCUUUAACCCUGAGAAUCAUCCACCCUCAAUGUCUCUUCCAUCCUGGGGGGAGUAAUGUUGUUACUGAAGUCCUUUAAAAGGGAAAAUCCGGGAUUUUAAAUACAACAAAUCAGUUGGAUGAAUGUACGUACCAAUCCAGGAUUGACCCUUUAAAUGUUCAUUUGAAUUGAGGAUUCUUGUUUAUCAUUCUAAAGUAUUGUUGCCAGAAGCAGUGUUUAUAUUCCAUAAUGUUGUAACUAUUUGGUUUGGGACCUGACAUCUAAAAACUAUAAAUGUUUCAACCCUCCUGUGACUUUGUUUUCUUUUCAUCCUAUUGACAUACUGAGUGACAUCUUUAUGGUGUAAAAUACUGUAGGUAAAAUAUGUACAAAAGUACUGUAAAAUGCAUUAUAAUAUGGCAGUAUAAUUUAAUUUGACACUUUUCUUGAACAAUGUGCGUUAUGAAAAGGGGAUUAUUUAACUAGAGUUUAAUAAACUGAGCGAUUCAUAAAUAGUGGCCUUUUUAUUUUGCACUUUGCUGAAGUGGCAUAUUAAAACACAGAUUCUUUUGCACAGAUUUGAAUAUUGUUGCACCAUGAAAAGAUUGCCCACUGUCUAGUACCCCUUACCUCACGAGUCAGGCCUGGUGUUCUCUUUUAGGUAAUAUCUGUAAUGAAUAUUAUUUGACUAUGUUGUUGGCAUAUCUAAUCAAUAAAGCUGUCAUGUGUUUAUGAAUUAA